UUAUGGGCCUGAAGAUAUUUGACUUUCUUCAAUAUCUUUGACAUGUUUUCUCCGUAAUGAAAUUUGGAACGUGAACUAGCACAGAAAAGGCUUAAAUUAAAAAAAGAGUAGCAGUUUACAAGAAAAGGAACUAAAAAAGACUAAAAAAUACCACCUCUAGGUUCCCGACUUCUUCCAUUGACUUCCCGACCUCUUCUUCCUCCUCCGAUAGGCGCCAAGUAAUCGCGGGCAAGCAAGCGUCCAGACUCCAGAGCCUACCGCCAGUGUUCUGCCUAGCUGGUGUCGAUCGAGAUCGACCUGCAGCUUGAAAUAGCCAUGCCGCCGAAGAAGCGGGAGCUGGAGGAGGGCGGCUCCAGCGGCGGCACGCCGUCGUCGCAGGCGCCGGCGCUGAAGAAGCGCUGCCGGUCCUUCGACCUGGAGAUCAGGGGGUGCAGGCACCUGCAGGAGCUCGCCGCCGCUGUCAAGGACCCCCUUGGAGGUUAUAACUUUUCUUUAGGGACAACUGGGCCAAGUGACAUGUGUCAAUAUGUCUCGCCCGAAGAUGCAUGUCUCCGGCAUCAAGCUGACACUAACAACUGCGCAGCAGGUUUAAAUGAUGCAGGAAUUGAGAUGCCCUUCUGGCCAGGCAAUGGCCCCUUAGAUGAAUCAACUUCAGCUCACAUCAAUAUGACAUUUAACGCCACGGCAACUUACAAUCACUGGUGCUCCAGGGUCAGAUCAGGCGAGCAUGGAGAGGCAGGUGCAAGCGCCCUCGCACCCCAGCAAUACUGCCUCGCAGGCAUCGGCCUCUGCUCAUGGCAGCCUUCCACCAAGCCAAGAAAACAUGCCCUCGUAUGGGUCUUUCUAAUUGAAGAUGGACACGGUGCAGCUUACCAAUCCUGAACAUUGCUAGGUCUAGGAAGCUCGUCUGCGUUCCAGGACGAAGUAAGCAGCAGCAAAAGCAACAGUGAAGCUUAGCUCAGAAUGUGAUUCGGUUUGUGUGCCCUUCUCUCUUGUUGUGGGUGAUGUAGAUUUGCAGGGUGUGAUGCAGCUUAAGGUUAAGUGCUGCUAUGAAGUUGAUCCGAAUACUUAGUGCCUGUAAAUAUUCUGGUAACAUGAUAGCGUCUGUAUGUCAGUGGGUGUGUAACUGUGAUGUACAUUUUAGGUGGAAACUCCAGAAAAACUGAUUGCUUCUGUUUUUUUAUCUGUAUGGCUCCUCUUUUAG